AUGCCUUCGUCCGGGGCGCCCAUGCUGGCCCGACUCGCGACUGAGCAGCAUGCCUCACGCGACGGCCGCGAGCGCGAUCUUGACCGCGACCACGGGCUUCCGGUGCCCAGCAUCACCGUCUCACCUUCGAGCCCCGAUCAGCGUGGACCGGCGACAGAGAACGGAGCUUUUCGAUUUGCUCAGGACCCGGACACCAACGAUAGGGGUAUGGGCGGCGACUCAAAUGGGAGUCAAGGGCUCCAACACGAGCACGAACGACGGCAGCAUCAGUCGGGACAGGCGACGACUUCGACGAUGAGGGGGGCGAGCCCGAGCUCGGCCUCGGCCUCUCCUCGGCUUCAGCAGCAGAUGGGAGCAGCUGCAUCGACAGCCCCGCCUUCUUCCUCGUCGUGUCCUACGAAUCUUGCAUACGAUGAAUCUACAUCUCGAUCCCUAUCUUCCUUGAAUACCCGAGUAAACGGUGGAUCGGGUCCCGAACUGGGCGAGAUCACCGUCGGGGCAUCAUCGUCGACGUCAGCCGCACCGGGAUCCGGGAGCUUGAAUCGGACUGCGAGACCCGCGUCGGCUGCGGCUGCGGCUGCUACGGCUACCUCUGCUUCGGCUACAACGACCACAUCAAGGGGAAACCAACCCAAUGCAGGCGAAGCUACGGGGCCAUCAUCCGGCUUUAGCUUCUCUUCGUUCCUUCCUUCGUUGUCCAACAUGUUGCCCCGACUGACGAGCACGCCGACGCUUCAUCUCGUCACUUCGACAACUGACGAAGUAGCCAGCGCCAGGCCCGAUGCCGAGCGAUCACCGCCACUCUCCCCCGACGAGAACUCGCCGACGUACAUGGCCUUCAAUCCGAACGUGACGAGGGACACCUCCAUCAAACGCGGUCGCAACGAUUCGACUGCCUUUUUGCGCAACCUACCCGGCCACCUUCCGAUGCACCGGCCACAGCCAGCCGUCGUCGAGGAAGACGAUGAAGAGGGCGCAUCCUCCCCAGGAGGGGUCGACCGACGGCAGAGCGUCGAUCUGGAUAUCAACGAAGGUGAGCGUCGUAUGAAUCGUACCCCGUGCGCUGGCAUUCAGGCGAGCUGACACUUGCUAUCGAUGUGGGCUCAUUUGUAGCCACGGCGAACGGCGAAACUCGGGCGCUGGACGGCUCGUCAUCGACAAGGGAACACCCGGGUCGAGGACUCAGUCGUCAUCCAUCAGCAGCGUUCAUGGCAGCAUCUCGAGGCGGCCAGGUCAAUCCGCUCACGCUGCAAGCCGUUGCACGGCAGGCGAACGAAGACGAGGCCCUCAAGCUCGUGCGAGAGCGCGAGGACCGCGAACGGCAAUUCGAGAACGAGUCGGUCGACGGUGUUCCGCCCAAGCCUAACACGCUCGUACGAAAAUCGAGCUGGACGGCGGCACUGGCCACGAGCUCGUACGUUGGUGGGGCCCCGGUCGGUCACUCGCGGUCGCUUUCUCAAGACCAUAAUCCGAAAGCGUCGAGAUCUCGACAGUCGUCCAACAACUUGGAUUCCGUGCACGAAAGCGGUUCUGCGACCGAAUCGACCGUUUCCAGGUCCGGCGAUGCGACCCUGAGGAGCACGGGCAACAAAGACUCGACCUCGACGGGCGAGUUUGGGCAGGCGUCGGGUGCCGUAGCCGGUUCGGACCAGACGGUGCAGAGCAACAGCUCAAAGAAGAGGGGCUUCUUUUCGCGGCUAGGUGGAGGGAAUCGGAGUCGGGCUAUGACGACGCUGUCAAUCCAGUCGAACGAUUCCGCUCUGAGCCAUUCUUCGCUUGACUCGCCAUCGCCGCGCAGCCCCGCCAUCCUGGAAGUCCCCGCCUCGAUCGACGCCGCGAGCGGAACGGCCGGCAAAAAAGACCUUGGCCCGGAGAAGGUGCGCCUCGCGAAGGUCAAGACCAAGGGAAAGACGAGCAAGGAUUUCGGCAAGCUUUUUCUCGCGCAAGAGCUCUGCAUUCCUUCGCCUUCGAAUGCGCCUUCCUCGUCGACCGGCAAAUUCGGCCGAGGCCGAUCCGACACUUUGGACAGUACGUCAACGCAUUCGCACGACGACAACGAGGCGCAAACGUCGCCCGACGAGCCCUCGUCGGGCUCUGAAAAGUCGAAGAAGAAGAAGAAUGCCGUGUGGUGCAUCGAGUGGUCUGGUGACGGUCGCUACCUGGCCGCAGGGGGCAAAGACGGAGUAGUCCGAGGUGAGCAUAGACCGUCUAUCUAACCCUGGAGCCUACUACCGAGUCGUUCGUUGCUCAUCAUUUGGUUCGUGACGUUCACAGUCUGGGAAGUACUCAAGACCCCCGAGGGACGGUUCAUCGCGGCCACAUCAGAUGGCUACGGCGGUGAAACAAGUCAACAGCUCAAGCCAGAUCAGUCCUCGCCAGCCAAAGUCCGGCCUUGCCCUCCUACUUCGACCGCGUCUUCGCAAUCGACCUCGGCCAGGAAGAAGACGUCUUUGCCUCCGAAGCCUGCGAAUGUGAUGCCAGUGUUCAACCCGGUACCGAUCAGGGAGUACGCGGGACACGAAGCGGACGUCCUGGAUCUCAGUUGGAGCAAAGUGGGUUGUGGCCUAAAGCUUUGAUUCUUCUCCAAUCGCGGCGUUGCUCACGCAGGCGUGACCUUCCUUGCGCGAGCAGAACAACUUUUUGCUUUCAUCCUCGAUGGACAAAACGGUCCGACUGUGGCACAUUAGUCGCAACGAGUGCCUCUGUGCGUUCCAGCACCUCGAUUUCGUCACGUCGAUCGCCUUUCAUCCGAAGGACGAUCGCUACUUUCUCUCUGGCUCCCUUGAUUGCAAGCUCCGGUUGUGGGAUGUAAGAGCAUCUCCACGUGCGCCUACUCUGACGCCUCUGGCUGACCUAGCAUUCUCCGGUCCUUGUACACAGAUCCCGAAUCGACGCGUCCAGAUCUGGACGGAGCUCCCCGAACUCAUCACCUCGGUCGCCUUCAGUCGAGACGGCAAACUCUCGAUCGCCGGCAGUUUCAACGGCCAGUGCAUAUUCUUUGAGACCGAAUCGUUCCAGUACCACUCGCAGUUCGCAGCCAAGUCAUCGCGAGGCAAAAACUCGAAAGGGCGCAAAGUCACGAGUAUGUUCCCGUACCCUCUGCCGUCAUCCUCGGGCGAGCGUUUGCUGGUCACCUCAAACGACUCUCGGAUACGACUUUACCAUACCAACGACAAGGCCGUCGAAGCCAAGUACGCCGGCCACGAGAACACAUCGUCGCAGAUCCGUGCGAGCUUUUCCGGCGAUGGCAAGUACGUCAUCUCGGGUAGUGAGGAUCGCUGCGUAUACAGUGAGUCGCUCUGUCUCCAAAGACGGUAGCAAAAACCCUAGUUCUGACCAAACUGCCCCGUCGCGACACAGUUUGGGAUUCGGGCGUCACGGCCGAGCGGGACGAGGCAACGGGAUGGAAUCCGCUCAAAAAGGCCAAAGAGGGUGCGGGGUACGAGUGGUUCACGAGUAAGUGCAGUUAUCCGGUGGUCUUUGCUCUUCUUCUAUCGCAUGGGACUGACCUUGAUCCUGCUCUCGUCCAGUGCCAGCCCACAUCGUCACCUGCGCUUCGUUCGCGCCGAUUCUGACGCGCGAAGUUCUCUCUGAUUCCGGCGACCCCAUCUUCGGCGACGGUCACACCCAUCUCAUUCCGUUGGAACAAACCGUACCAGGCACGAGUCUAGGCGACGAGUCGGUGGCCCACCUGCGGUCCGUCAAUACACGCGCUUCGGCCGCGUCCGUGGUCAAUGCCGCCAACGAUGCCAUAAUCGUCGUCGCUGAUGGUCAGUCCCUCCAGAAUGAUCUCGGCACAUCUGCCCGGACCUCCGCUCACAUCCUUUAUAUACCCUUCUACCUUCUUACAGAUGCGACUGGCUUGAUCUCGGUAUUCCGCAACUCCAAAAUCUCUAUCGAGGCGAGCAACCGACGCAUGAGCCGCAGCAGUGCUCACUAG